AUGAUUAUACCCGUCACCCUCGCCUCCGCUUCCACGACUGCUGCGAACCCAAAGCUACCGCCGGGUCUAGUCAAGCUCUCGAACGAUGAGAUCGUGCUGAUAGAGCUUCAAGGAGCGCUCGAGGUCGACCUGAGCGACCCGACCGAGCGGAAUGGGAAACUGGUAGGAAAGCUCAAGAUGGACGAAGCCACUAAUAAACCUACCCUUCUCAUCGGCCAUCACUUGCUCGAAGGCAAGAUCGCUGCGCUGCCCAAACCAUACGCCAUUCUAGUCCGUUCGGGGGGAUCCUCCUCCUCCUCCGCAUCCGUGAGAGGUACCACCACUGCCGCGAACACAUCCAGCACCACCUCGACCGCACCUGGGAAUGGGGAUCGGCGCAUGCCCAAACGCACUCCCGAUCAAACUGACGCAGAGUCGCUAGACGACGAUGCCGAUGAGAGCAUGGCCGUCGAUGACGACAACAACGAUAAUGACGACAACGACAACAACGAUCACGCCGUGUCGCUGGGAAAUGCGGGUUCUGGGUCUGGCGCGGGCUGGAAGAUCGCUGGGAUCGUGAAGAAGAAGAUUAUAUUUUCGAAGCGGCCCAUGCCCGUGAUAAAAAGGAAGUAG